AUGUCUUCAGUCAAAAUUUCUCCAUUGAAGGAUUCUGAAGCAUUCCAGUCUAUCAAAGUUGGUAACAACACUCUUCAAACCAAGAUUGUCUAUCCACCAACUACUAGAUUUAGAGCUUUAGAAGACCACACUCCUUCUGAUUUGCAAUUGCAGUACUAUGGCGACAGAUCCACUUUCCCAGGUACUUUGCUUAUCACUGAAGCUACUUUUGUCUCUCCUCAAGCCUCUGGUUAUGAAGGUGCUGCUCCAGGUAUUUGGACUGACAAGCACGCUAAAGCAUGGAAGGUUAUUACUGAUAAAGUUCAUGCCAACGGUUCUUUCGUUUCAACCCAGUUGAUUUUUUUGGGAAGGGUUGCAGAUCCAGCUGUUAUGAAGACCCGUGGGUUGAAUCCAGUUUCUGCCUCUGCUACUUAUGAAAGUGAUGCCGCUAAAGAAGCUGCCGAAGCAGUUGGUAACCCUGUUAGAGCUUUGACUACCCAAGAAGUCAAGGAUCUUGUUUACGAGACUUACACCAACGCUGCUCAGAAGGCCAUGGAUGCUGGUUUCGACUAUAUUGAACUCCAUGCUGCUCACGGCUACCUUUUAGAUCAAUUUUUGCAACCAUGCACCAAUCAAAGAACUGAUGAAUACGGUGGAUCCAUUGAGAACAGAGCCAGGUUAAUUCUUGAGUUGAUUGACCAUUUGUCUACCAUUGUCGGUGCUGACAAGAUUGGUAUCAGAAUCUCUCCAUGGGCUACUUUCCAAAACAUGAAGGCUCACAAGGACACUGUUCACCCAUUGACUACUUUCUCUUACUUGGUCCACGAAUUGCAACAGAGAGCUGACAAGGGUCAAGGUAUUGCCUACAUUUCUGUCGUUGAGCCUCGUGUAAGUGGUAACGUCGACGUCUCUGAAGAAGACCAAGCUGGUGACAACGAAUUUGUCUCCAAGAUCUGGAAGGGUGUUAUCUUGAAGGCAGGUAACUACUCCUACGAUGCUCCAGAGUUCAAGACAUUGAAGGAAGAUAUCGCUGACAAGCGUACAUUAGUUGGCUUCUCCAGAUACUUCACCUCGAAUCCUAACUUGGUUUGGAAAUUGCGUGAUGGAAUUGACUUGGUGCCAUAUGACAGAAACACGUUCUACAGUGACAAUAACUAUGGUUACAAUACCUUUUCUAUGGAUUCCGAAGAGGUUGAUAAAGAAUUAGAAAUCAAGAGAGUUCCUUCGGCCAUUGAAGCUUUGUGA